UUAAUGUAUAUCCUUUUUUUGCCCUAUAAUUUUGCUAAUACAUACUAGUCUAUUUACUCAAACAUUUGUAAUGCAGAUACUUAUUCCUUUUCAGCAUGUGGAAAGACAACAUUUGUAAAGGAAUUGCUGCAAAAUCAUAUCUACGGAAUUAAGCCUGGUGUACAAAGAAUAGUGUGGCUGUACAAGAGAUGGCAACCAAUGUAUGGGGAAAUACAAAGCACAGUUGACCCAGAGGUGAAAUUCUACCAAGGCAUUCCAUCCGACAUAAACGAAGACGAAUAUUUUGACACAAAGUUAAAUAACUUGCUAAUUCUGGACGAUAUGAUGUCAGAGGCUGGAAAGGACAAAAGAAUUACAGAUUUAUUCACGGAGGGAUCGCACCACCGAUCUUUGUCGGUGAUUUCCAUCAAUCAAAACCUCUGCGCCAGCAAGGAUCCGACACAGAGAAGAAACUGUCAUUAUCUGGUAAUGUUCAAUAAUCCAGUCGACAAACAAUCUAUGAUCACAUUAGCGAGACAGAUGUACCCUGGUAAAACUGAAUACUUUUUAAAGAAGUUUGAGAAAGCAACUAAACAGCCCUAUGGCUUUCUGUUGGUGGAUUCAAAACCAUUUACACCGGAACAUGCCAGACUGAAAUAUGAUUUAAUGUGGAUAGACAGAAGAUCUACGAACAACGAAAGCCUGACAGAACUGACCAAUCAGAUGACAGAACCAGGCCAAAAUUGUAUAAAAGGCGAGCAACAAUCAGAUUUAAAUCAUUUGUCAGUCGGAAUUCAAACUGUAGACAUCGCAGGAAAUAAUAGUGAAAUUAUGGCUGAAAAUACGAAUGCUUGCGACGAUUGUGGACUUUUGUUUGACUCUUCGCAUGAUGUACAGAGACACGUAAAACGAGGGUGGUGUGCAGAAAAUAACGAUACUACGCAACCAAAGAAAAGAAAAAUAGAAGGCAGCAGUGAUGAUGAAAUGGGAGAUAACGUUGAAGAAAAUCAGGCUUAUCUAUCCCUCUGGAAUAAAACUAUAGACUGUAACGACGAUAAAUACGAUAAAUUGUAUAAUCAGUUUAUACAGGACGGAGAAGACAAGGAGUCUACACAGGAAAUGACAGAAGAUCGUAUCCAGCCGUAUAAUGAACGCACAUUCUUCACAAAAUACGAGUAUUUGUUGGAUUCGUAUAUUUUUCUGCCAUUUUAAAACAGUACACUGCAUCAAAAGAUUUUACAAGACAUACAUUCAUUGACACAGAAGAAUGUAAGCAUUCAAUCGGCAAUUAAGCGUGUACUGCGAAAGUACAAGCCUGACUUUAAGGAGCUGUUUGAGACAGAAUUGUCUGACGAGGAAAGUGAUGAAGAAAGCAAGGAGGACGAGUCUGAUACUGAAUAAAAUACUUAAUGUAUAAACAAUUAUUUCAUUUACGUUGUGGAUUUUGGACAGUGCAGAAAUGGCUCAAUGGGAAAACUAUUUAAAAAGGAUUUAUUUUGAUCCGUCGCAUCCUGCGAGUUUCAGCGGACCGCAAAAAUUGUACAAAGCAGUAAAAGAGGAAGGCAAAUUUAACAUUGGUAUGCACAGGAUAAGAAAGUUUCUUCAUGACCAAGAAUCAUACAGUUUACAUAAACCAGUGAGAAGACGGUUUCAAAGAAACCAUGUGGUCAGUGCAGGAAAAGACGACUUUUGGAUGGCAGACUUAAUCGAUAUGGUCAAGUUUGCGAAAUGGAACAAAGGAUACAAAUACAUACUGUUAGUUAUCGAUACAUACAGCAAGUACGUCUGGCUAAGACCUCUCAAACAGAAAACUGGAAAUGAUGUGACAGAGGCAUUUAAAGACAUCUUCACAAAUUCAGGCCGUAUGCCAAAGAGAUUGAUAACUGACAAAGGUCAGGAGUUCAGAGCCAAGUCGGUACAAGAUCUAAUGAAGAAAUACAACAUCUUAUACUCGCCAACACAGAAUGAGACAAAGGCGAGCACGAGCGAACGUGCAGUUUUAAGUUUAAAAUCGAGAAUAAUGCGU